AGAACUUCCGGGUAGUGCUGUCUUCCCACCCACGACAGCCUCCCCUCUUGAUUUCUGGGUAUUGUAGUCCAUCUUGUUCCGGUUUCCUGGGAAUGACCUUCUCCUAGCUACGGAUACCUUCGCCACAAAAACUACAAAACCCAGAGUGUCGCGCGAGUUCCCCUCGUCCAAUAGGAACCCCCCAUGUAGUGAGGCGCGGAGGCCGGCUCUCGCAACUCAAGAUGGCGGACGAGAGUGAUACAGCAGUGAAGCCGCCGGUACCUCCGCUGCCGCAGAUGAUGGAAGGGAACGGAAACGGCCAUGAGCAUUGCAGCGAUUGCGAGAACGAGGAGGACAACAGCUACAACCGGGGUGGUUUGAGUCCAGCCAAUGACACUGGAGCCAAAAAGAAGAAAAAGAAACAAAAAAAGAAGAAAGAGAAAGGCAGUGAGACAGAUUCAGCCCAGGAUCAGCCUGUGAAGAUGAACUCUUUGCCAGCAGAGAGGAUCCAGGAAAUACAGAAGGCCAUUGAACUUUUUUCAGUAGGUCAGGGACCUGCGAAAACCAUGGAGGAGGCUAGCAAACGAAGCUACCAGUUCUGGGACACGCAGCCCGUCCCCAAACUGGGGGAAGUCGUGAACACACAUGGUCCCGUGGAACCUGACAAAGACAGCAUCCGCCAGGAGCCCUACACGCUGCCCCAGGACUUCGCCUGGGAUGCCUUGGACCUGGGGGACCGUGGUGUGCUGAAAGAGCUCUACACCCUCCUGAAUGAGAAUUAUGUGGAAGAUGAUGACAACAUGUUCCGAUUUGAUUAUUCUCCCGAAUUUCUUUUGUGGGCUCUCCGGCCGCCUGGCUGGCUCCCCCAGUGGCACUGUGGGGUUCGAGUGGUCUCGAGUCGGAAACUGGUUGGGUUCAUCAGCGCCAUCCCGGCAAACAUCCAUAUCUAUGACACAGAGAAGAAGAUGGUAGAGAUCAACUUCUUGUGUGUCCACAAGAAGCUGCGUUCCAAGAGGGUGGCUCCAGUCCUGAUCCGUGAGAUAACCCGGCGGGUGCACCUGGAGGGCAUCUUCCAAGCUGUUUACACUGCCGGGGUCGUAUUACCAAAGCCUGUUGGCACUUGCAGGUACUGGCAUCGGUCCCUAAACCCACGGAAGCUGAUUGAAGUGAAGUUCUCCCACUUGAGCAGAAAUAUGACCAUGCAACGCACCAUGAAGCUCUACCGACUUCCAGAGACUCCCAAGACAGCUGGGCUGCGACCAAUGGAAAAAAAGGACAUUGCAGUAGUGCACAAGCUCCUCACCCAGUACCUGAAGCAGUUUCACCUCACGCCAGUCAUGAGCCAAGAGGAGGUGGAACACUGGUUCUACCCCCAGGAGAAUAUCAUCGACACUUUUGUGGUGGAGAAUGCAAACGGUGAGGUGACCGAUUUCCUGAGCUUUUAUACACUUCCGUCCACCAUCAUGAAUCACCCGACCCACAAGAGUCUAAAGGCUGCUUAUUCUUUCUACAACGUUCACACCCAGACCCCUCUUCUAGACCUCAUGAGCGACGCCCUCGUUCUCGCCAAAAUGAAAGGGUUUGACGUAUUCAAUGCACUGGAUCUCAUGGAGAACAAAACCUUCCUGGAGAAGCUCAAGUUUGGCAUAGGGGACGGCAACCUACAGUAUUACCUUUACAAUUGGAAGUGCCCCAGCAUGGGGGCAGAGAAGGUUGGGCUGGUGUUACAGUAACCAGUUGCCGGUGAGAUUCUGGAUAAAGCCACUGAGAAUUCAAACCAGGAAAUGGAGCCCCACCACUUGUUGGUCCAGUUUUCACAAACGUGAGAGAAUCCCUGGCAAAGGGACCAGAACUGAACUGGCUUUACAAACCGCCACUGGACUUGGUGACUGUAUUGCAGUGGCGCAGGCUGCGUGGUGUCACCUCUGGCCGUGUCUCUGGUGUCCUUGUUUUCGUUAUGCAGCCGUGACCGAGGGAGUGUAACUGCUGAAGACUAGCUCGCGAUUGGUGCAUCGUGGAGUUAACGGGUGGAUAAUAAACGUAUAUAUAUAUUAUAUAUAUAUAUAAAGAUUUUAAAUAUCU